AUGUAUCUCAGAGCACUACAUCUGUCUCAAUGCGCGGCAUACCGAACACUUUCCCGCACCCUACGCGUGACUGACAUACACAACUUCGUCCAUCAGAACGUCUCAAAUUGCUCCUCAAUCAGUGCAGCAUCCACAACGCAGCUCGAAGCCGCGGUGAAGCAUGUGCCGUGCAGGCCAGCUCAUCAUCUGGAUUUUAGUUGUGUGAAGAGGAAAGGAGCUCGUGGGCGCGGCGCGGCGGCAGAAAUCAGCGCCCCUGCCAAAACAUCGCCAGCUUCUUCCCACUCUGGCCGGAAGCGCGCAAGUCUCACUGAACCACGCCGCGACUGA